CCUGUUCUUAAAAAGUACCUAACCUAACCUAACCUAACCUAACCGAUGCAACCAAACUCCCAUUCUGCUGCCUGGUUACGUACUUCUAACUUUAUAAACAUUACAAAAGUUGCGCUCGAUAUAAAAGCUAGAGACGGUAUAUAAACAGCAAGAUUGUAUUAUUUUCCUAUUGAAGUCUUACCCCAAGAGCUCCUCCGGAUUUCCCUUCCCAGUGCUACAGCUACAGCUACAGCUACAGCUACAACUACAACUAGUUAUUCUGAACGACUACUACAGUAAUGACGCAAUCCCGAGAUUUAUGAUUGAUGAUUGUUAGCCAUUCCGAGUUAGCGAGAUUAUCCUACCCGAACCGUCUAUUCAAACUCAAACUAUCCUGACUCGAAAUUGUCUACCUUAGGUACCUAACCUAGGUUAGGAGAUAAUAAAUAAUCGACUCGGCCGUAUUGACCUGGCCGAAAUAACACCAGAUACCACCAUGGUCGCACGAAAGCCGCUUCCUGACGAUUCCUCGUUGAACACCACGCCUCCCCCAGCGGUUAGCCUACAAGGUGUAAGACAGGAACUGUGGCCUCCCAGCGAUUCCGAAUCAGAAUCAGCUAGAGUAUGGGCGAGAGAAUAUCCCGUCAUAUCCCAACAAGGUGCCACAAACCCUGCGAUUUCAGGGAGCCCAGAUACAUCACAGGAUAUUUCCCACGCACUCCAACCUGGCGUCCAACCUAGCACUACCUAUCGUCAAGGCGAAGAUAAUCCCUGGGACGAUCACGAUAGUAAUGAUAAUAAUAACCACGUCAAUACCUUAACAGAGCCAGAAAUUAAACCAGAUGAAAUGCCGAAAGCUCUCUGGCCAGGUGGAACGCGCUUCGAAACGAAUCCUUUCAAACGAAAGCCAGUACAAGGCAGCUCAGCUACCAGUCAAGACCUCCCAACAGCGCCUGCGGACCCCUCUCAUGCGCCUCCAAUUCCAUCUGUGCCCACAGGCGCAUUAUCUCAACUCCAUAUAUCCGAGCCCGAAACAAAUUCAAAUCCUUGGCAGCCGGCCCUCGGUGAAUCUGGACCCUCUAAUACUUUACAACCGGUACCGCCCUUGUCUGAUCAGGAACCUAAGAGUAAUGUCUGGGACUCGGGCCUAUCGUCGAGACCCCCUUCCACAGGACCCGUGUCGAAUUCCCCGGGUUUAUUGCCUUUACGUAUUGAAGGAGAAUCGCAACCAUGGAAUGAUGCGCCUUCAAAUCAUCCAUUACAACCACUACCGGAGAGAUCUCAAGAGGCAGAUCAAAUCCUCGACGACCAGCACGCAUGGGACGAUCUUGGAUCUAACAAUAAGGGUAAACAACCAGAGUUACAGGCGUCAAAUGUACACCCGGAGACCGCUGAUGGCUGGAAUUUGAUUGACCAUGAGCCAAUACCGGAGCCGGAACCAGUGACCCUCUCAAAGCAAAGUACCUGGGAAAACUUUAUGGACGCAGACGAUGAGAGACCAAAGGAGAAAGCGCCUCCCGCGACGGCAGCACCUACGACAGAGGUGCCGGCAGUGCCACCAGCUUUACCCCCACGGCAAGCGUCCAGCGCAGAGGCGCCACCACAACCACCAAGACGGCAGCCACCAGGUACAGCGAGCAAAUCAGAAACAUACCAAAUUAAGAACAUAAAUUGGGUUGAUGCUACGGCGGCUAAAAACCCCCGAAAGUCGCCUAUACUGGUACAGAACGCUAAUGGCCCAUGUCCUCUGGUUGCGCUCGUCAAUGCGCUUACUUUGACAACUCCCGCUAGCCAGACGACUUCGAACCUGGUCGAGACCUUAAGAUCUCGCGAGCAAAUUAGUUUGAAUUUCCUCCUUGAGGCUAUCGUUGAUGAGUUGAUGACCCACCGACAUACCAACCCGGAGGUAUCCUUACCAGAUAUGACCGAACUGUAUACUUUUCUUCAAGGUCUUCACACUGGUAUGAACGUCAACCCGCGUUUCAUCCCGAGUCCUGAGUCUUCUCCCUUGAAUAACCAAAACCCAACUCGAUCUGACCUUAUUCCGGGGACCUUUGAGAAAACUCGAGACAUGAAGCUUUACUCUACGUUUUCUAUUCCCUUGAUACACGGCUGGCUACCCCCGAGAGACGACCCGGUAUACGAUUCUUUCACCAGACAAGCGUCCUCGUACGAUGAUGCGCAAAGUAUACUAUUUCGAGAAGAAGAACUUGAAGAUAAGCUCAGCAAUUCUGAGAUGGGCCUAACCGAGCAAGAACAGCAACUCUACCAGGAUAUCAUUAUUAUAAAAUCUUUUCUCAGUACUUCAGCCACGCAGCUCACACCAUGGGGUCUCGAGGUAAUUACCAAAGCUGUAAGGCCUGGGUCGGUGUCGAUUUUGUUUCGGAACGACCAUUUCUCUACUUUAUACCGACAUCCUCAAACGCAAAAACUAUUCACUUUGGUAACAGAUGCAGGCUACUAUACGCAUGACGAAGUCGUUUGGGAGUCGUUGGCUGAUGUACGUGGCGAACGGACUGAGUUCUUUUCUGGUGAUUUCCGUAUAGUCGGAGGCCCUCAGCAUCAACGAUCGUUCGGAAACGUCCCGGGUAGCUGGAAUCGAGAGGGCGGUUCGAAUAGCAAUACACAUGGGGGCGCAUGGCAAACAGUUCAAAGCCGGCGAUCACGGAAUAGUCGGGCUAGUGAAGUAAAUCCUAGUACACCUGUUUCGCCGAACCACGAGCAGGAAGAUAGGGAUUUGGCUUUGGCUUUGCAGCUACAGGAAGAGGAGGAGGAACGACAUCGUGCCGAGCAAGCGGCUCGCCGCCGCGAAAGUCAGCUGUCCGAGCAGUUUAUUGAGCACCAGGGUCGGCAAAGUGCUCCAGCUCGCGGCGGUCACAAUCAGCGUAGUUCCGGUGGUAGGGGCGGCAGAGGCAGCGGCGGUCCAUUACCCCCAGCCAGGAUUAGUUCAGCUAACCAAUCUACGAGUUCGGUGUCUAGUCGAGGGAGGCCGGUACAGCAAGUUAGGUCCUUGAUCCCUCCUGUUUCGACAACCCAUCGACCCACUGAUGAUGACCAUGGGGAUGAUGCACCGCCAAGUUAUGAACAAGCUUCCAAAUCAACCCCAUAUGUACCACCUGCCGGACAUCCAAGUCAUCCGGAGAGUAGCCCAAGUAGCGCGAGCGCAACCCCUCGGAGCAGACUCCCGUUUAUCGGACAAAACAGCGUUGGGCCUAGUACACCUGGCAGAGGACGCCAGGGCGCACCUCCUCCCGCUGUUGGAAAUCCCGCCACAUCAGAGGGAGGCGGAAAAGAUAAGGACUGCAAUGUAAUGUAAUGACAUUUCAUCUUGCUACCUCGUAUACUUGCUUUUACGCUACGGCGGGACUUUACGGUUAUUAGGUGUUUAUUGGUUACAAGCCACGCAUGCCGCAUGCUGCCUGGCGCCGGGGGAAUCAUAGGUUAUGAAGGCUGUAUUAUUAUUAGGGGAAAUAUCAGGGUACGAAGGGACUUAUCUAAAGAGUUUACGCAGUGAAUACA